AUGGCCUUUUUUAUGUUGAGUGGGGUGUUCAGGGAACGGCUGAGUCAGCUGAGGGUGCGGCUGGAGGAAGUAGGGGCUGAGAGAGCACCUGAAUACACAGAGCCUCUGGGGGAGCUGCAGCAGAGCCUCAAGAUCUGCAUUCAGGUGACAGGGAUCUACAAGGGCUUCUGUCUGGACGUGAUCCGGAAUAAGUACGAAUGUGAGCUGCAGGGAGCCAAACAGCACCUGGAGAGCGAGAAGUUGCUGUUCCGCCACACGCUGCAGGGGGAGCUGCAAGAGCAGAUCCAGAGGCUGGAAGAGGACCGCCAGAGCCUGGACAUCAGCCCUGAGUGGUGGGAUGACAAACUGCAAGUCAGAAGCAGCGCAAAGACCUGGGACUCCCUGCCACCCAGCAAGAGGAAGAAGGCACCUCUCAUUUCUGGUCCUUACAUCGUGUAUAUGCUGCAAGAGAUCGACAUCCUGGAGGACUGGACAGCCAUAAAAAAGGCUACGGCAGCUGUGUCCCCUCAGAAGAGAAAAGCAGAUGGACCAUGACCCUGCUCUUCAGAGCCAAGGGCCCCCUUGGAGCAGCUGGCAGCAAACCCAGGAUUUGCGUUUUCCUGCUAUAGGAAGGCAGAUUGACAAGCCCCUCGGGGUCUGCCCAGCCAGCUUCCCAGUGCUGCUGCAUGGCCUUCC